GAUCCUAAUAGUUUUCAUCUAACCACCAACAACAUUAGAUGUGCUCGAACCAUUCAACUGAGCACAACGAUAAAGUUUAAGGAAAUAGAAAAUAAGUCGAAAGAGUUGAAAAGUUUUCGAAAGAGAAAAUAACAACAACAAAAAAGUUCUAAACCACGUUCAGUGUAUUCAAUUAAUGGAUAAAAAUUAUCUCCAUAAUGGAAAUCUAAUGAUGCUGAGUAUCAUAUCUCCUACUGUUAAUACAAUAAUUAACAGCUCAUUAUAUUUUCAUGGUAAUCAUGAUGACAAUCGGGUUAAUAACAACAUCGAUUCAAGUAACAUGAUCAACAAUAAUGUUUACAAUUCAGUGGACUGGACAAGUGGAUCAUCAUCAGCGUUUUCAAUGAUGACCACAACAUUGAACUCCAAUAACCAUCAGCCCAUUAAUCAUCUCAACAUAGGAAUAAGUCAUGAAAAUGAAAACGGAACUUCAACCACUCUCACUGAGCUCAAUCAACUUAACGUUCUGGAAGUGACAUCGUAUUUGUGUCUAUUUUUCCUUGGAGCUCCGGCCAAUUUGAUCGUUUUUUACAAUAUCUUCAAAAAUAGUGCCUACAAACGAACUCGAAACGAAUUUCUUUUAUCCAAUCUUGUAAUCGCUGAUUCAAUUGUCACUUGUCUCAUGAUACCUUCAGAAAUCAUGUGGAGAUUCAGUAUAACUUGGAUCUAUGGUGUUUUCGCUUGUAAAGUGUUCCAAUUUUAUCGUGCCCUUGGGAUCUAUUCAUCUUCGUCGAUUCUUGUUUGUAUCUCAAUCGAUCGUUUCAUUGCCGUAAUCUAUCCGUUCAAGUACACUUCAUGUGCCCAAUUGGUGCAUAAAUGUGUUACCUGUGCUUGGAUUAUAAGUAUAACUGCAAGUUUACCUCAGAUGGUGCUGUUCAGUGUUCAAGCUCACCCUGAAAUCAGCGAUUACACCCAGUGUGUUGAUUUCGACGCUUUCACCCAAGAGUGGCAUCGGAAAUUGUAUAAUAUUUUUAGCCUUUGCGUUGUUUAUGUUAUACCUUUGCUCAUAAUCAUCAUUUGUUACACUGGCAUUUGUAUCAAACUAUUUGCCAACUCAAGAUGCCUUGGUAAUGUUAAAGCUGCUUUUGACGAUUGCUGGAACAGUUUGUCUUCCGUUGAGCCUUCAACAUCAUUAUCCUCAUCAUCUCUCCAUCAAAAUCACACUACCAAUCAUCAUUACCAUCGAUCAUCUCCUUCAACAGCAACAACAACAACAACCUACACCCGAGAAACUGAAUCUCUUGAGAUUCUCCCUGCUCCAGAAUCCAGUGUAACCGCGAAACGUCAAAAGAUUCAAUCUCGAGUUCUAAAAGAAGCUUUCAUAAUAAUAUUAGCAUUCAUCAUAUGUUGGUCUCCUUAUGUGAUUGCAGUGAUCUGGUAUCAAAUUGAUCGUAAUUCAGCUUCUCAGAUUAAUCAAGACCUUCAGGCGAUUCUCUUCAUGUUUGCCGUAUCCAACUCAUGCGUCAAUCCUUACAUUUAUGGUAAAAGUUUCGUUUUCCGUAAUUUUUGAAACUUCACUUAUGAAAAGAGAGAGAGAAAGAGAGAGAAAGAGUGAGAGGGAAUAUAAAGAUUCAUUCAUCAUCAUGUUCGUCAUCAUAAACUUCAUGGACUUUCAAACUAAAAACCUGAUAUUCAGCAAUUCAACUUUGUUGUUGAGGAAUAACAACAAAAAUGAGAAAAUAAAAACAUUCUAAAUCUAUGGAAUCCCGAGAAUCAUCAGAAUUUGAACAGACAAAAGAAACAAAAUCUACUAGCAGAGCAUUUUCAUCACUUUCCACCUUCGAAGACUUUUUAUCCUCAUCCUUUUCUUUUUCCUUCAUCCUUACCACUUAUUUUCACCGUUAUAUUUAUAUAACUAAAUCUCAGCUUAACCUAAAGCCUUACUAUUACAUCUGAUUCCUGUUUCAAUUGAAAUAAUCAUGUUAUCAUCAUGCUACACCGAAUAUCAUUCAAGUUUAUUAUUACAAGACGAUGAACUUUUUUUUUCAUUUCAUUCAUAUUUUACUUUAAUCUUUCACUAUUUAAUCAAGAAAAAGAUUACACAAUAAUAUGUUAACCUCACCUGAGUGCCCAAGGAAAUACAUAAUAAUAUUAUAUCAAAUAUUGAAGUGGAAGUUCACAAGUUAAAUAAGGGUGAAUAUGUACAAACAUCAUGUUGAGAAAUUUGGAAAUGAAAUAUUCUGAUAAGAUUUGAUGGAAAAUAAAAAAAAAGAACAACUUUUCAAAAAAUAAACUCCAUGAAUUCCCUUGUAAUAAAUAACCAUAAUAUGCUACCAACAG